ACAACGUUCUGCGGGGGCGCGCGCGUGCACUCUAAUCCCCCGCCUUCCGGCUCCGGCGGCGACGCUCGUUUCUCGCCGCCGUCCCUCGCCGCCGCCGCCGCGCCACCAGUGCCAGCCUCCCUUUGGGGACUCCAUUUGCUUUUAGUGCGGUCUGGGCGCCGCGCACGCGGGCGCAGGGCGAUGCCCGGUGCCGGCGGACUGACGUUCCCUGCGCCAAGCGGCCGCCCGCUGGCUGGCUGGCUGCGGCAGUGACACCCUGGUCGCCUGCGUCCGGGCGGAAUCCGGGCUCCCUCCGCGGGAGGAAAGACGUCCCGCGCUCUGGAGCUCGCCCAGCGGGGAGAGGCCCUCGCUAACACGGCUUCUCUCUGACCUCUUAAUUUCAGGAGGUUUCGGAGACUCUGAGUGCCUAUACAGCCCCCGCAGGAACUACUUCUGUUGGCCCACCGAGGAUCGUCUUUCACCGGGAUUAUUGUAACAUCAUCUUCACGGAGCCUUCCACCCCAUAGCCUCUACCUUGGGUCCUAAUUUCCACCGAUGCAGUUUAUUGAUGCUUUCUUUAGUAAUGUUGCAUCACAUGUCCACUAUCCUCCUUUCCAGCUGCCAAAUGCAGUAGGUUUAAGUCGCUUUUAAAGUAGAGAGUUUUCUGCCUGUUCCACUUUCACCUUAUUUGCUCCGCUCACUUCCGUCCGGGUCAUCUCUUGCUUAUGAUUUCCACGAGCACUCACUUGCGCAACCUAUAGCAGAGUCCUUGCCUAGAGAGACAGCAUUCCAUACAAUCCACUGCUUGACAAAGACCACAUAGACAGAGGGUGAGUUUUCCCAUUGUAUUUUCCUGUAUGUCAAGUUUACAAGUCCUCUCUUGACUUAAACUGUUUACUCCCUAGCACAUUUCCUAAAAUACUUCCACCUGAGAUUUAGUGGCAGAUUUAGCAAAGAACAUUACCUGCAAGGAUAGCAAGAAUUGAGUAUGCAGUAGUACUGUUUAGAAACUGUUCAGUUUCUGACCUCCAGUGUGAUUGCAAUUCACGAAAGAACCUAAACCCUACCUAAGUGAAGAGGAAGGAAGAAGAUAAGAGUUCAUUGGAGCUAGGCUUUGUUGUAGAAAGUUUGUAAGUUUUAAAACAGCAAGUAAACAUUCAUGUAGACCUGGUCAGGAAAUUGGUCACUGCAGUAUCCAUCUAGGUCCUAGAAGUGAGAGGAGGAAUCUUUCAACCUCAUUUUGUAGUCGCUUUGUAUUCAAAUCUUAGUUGCUAAUUGUCUUGUUCUAGUAAUCACCUAAAAUAGACACCUAAAAUGUUGGGGAAACGUAAGCGUGUGGUGUUGACAAUUAAGGACAAGCUUGACAUUAUUAAGAAACUUGAGGAAGGCAUCUCUUUCAAAAAACUUUCUGUGGUGUACGGAAUUGGUGAAUCCACAGUUCGUGAUAUUAAAAAGAACAAAGAAAGGAUUAUAAACUACGCAAACAGUUCAGAUCCUACCAGUGGGGUAUCCAAACGUAAAUCUAUGAAGUCAUCAACAUAUGAGGAACUUGAUAGAGUUAUGAUAGAGUGGUUUAACCAACAGAAAACAGAUGGGAUUCCAGUGUCCGGAACGAUUUGUGCAAAACAAGCCAAGUUCUUUUUUGAUGCUUUGGGCAUGGAAGGUGAUUUUAAUGCAUCAUCAGGCUGGCUAACUCGAUUUAAACAGCGCCAUGGCAUUCCAAAGGCUGCUGGUAAAGGAACAAAACUAAAAGGAGAUGAAACUGCGGCCAGUGAAUUUUGUGGUAAUUUUCAGGAAUUUGUUGAAAGAGAGAACCUACAACCAGAGCAAAUUUAUGGUGCUGAUCAAACUGGAUUGUUCUGGAAAUGUCUACCAUCAAGGACAUUAACUCUUGAAACUGAGCAAAGUACUUCUGGGUGUAGGUCAAGCAGAGAGAGAAUCAUUAUUAUGUGUUGUGCAAAUGCCACAGGUUUACACAAACUUAACCUUUGUGUUGUGGGGAAGGCCAAAAAGCCCCGAGCAUUCAAAGGCACUGAUCUUUCAAACCUUCCUGUGACAUAUUACAGUCAAAAAGGUGCAUGGAUAGAACAAUCUGUUUUCAGACAGUGGUUUGAAAAGUACUUUGUGCCACAGGUGCAGAAGCAUUUGAAAUCCAAGGGACUCUUAGAAAAAGCAGUGCUUCUUUUAGAUUUUCCCCCAGCACAUCCACAUGAAGAAAUGUUGAGCUCAGAUGAUGGCAGAAUAAUUGUGAAGUAUUUGCCACCAAAUGUCACAAGUCUGAUUCAACCAAUGAGCCAGGGAGUUCUAGCCACUGUAAAAAGAUACUACCGAGCAGGACUUCUCCAGAAAUACAUGGAUGAAGGAAUUGACCCAAAAAUAUUUUGGAAGAACUUGACAGUGUUGGAUGCAAUUUAUGAAGUGUCAAGAGCUUGGAACAUGGUAAAAUCAAGUACCAUAACCAAAGCAUGGAAAAAACUUUUCCCUGGCAGUGAAGAGAAUUCAGGUAUGAACAUCGAUGAAGGAGCCAUUUUAGCAGCCAAUUUAGCAACAGUUUUACAGAACACAGAAGAAUGUGAACACGUUGACAUUGAGAAUAUUGAUCAGUGGUUUGACUCUCGGAGCAGUGACUCAAGCUGUCAGGUGAUGAUUGACAGUGAAAGUGCUGAGGACCAGACCAAGGCUGCUGAGCAAAAGCCUUCCAGUAAGAGUAGAAAAACAGAACUGAAUCCAGAGAAGCAUAUUAGCCAUAAAGCUGCACUUGAAUGGACUGAAAAUUUACUAGAUUAUCUUGAACAACAAGACGACAUGCUUCUGUCUGAUAAGUUGGUAUUAAGGAGGCUUCGGACCAUGAUAAGAAAAAAACAGAAGAUCCAAAAUAGCAAAAAUCAUUAAUAAGGCUCAGUGUAUUUGCAUCUUUGCGACUGUAUCUGCAGUGAAACUUUUCUUGUUUGAAGUCCUGUGGAUUCCAAAGCCAAAUACAUUUUAUAAAUGAUUUUAGGAUUAGAUGUCAGUUUGGAUUACUUUAAUACAGCUCUUUAAUGUUGACUCUAAUCAUGGGGCAUUGACAUGUAACUUGUCUUUCUACGGUUUCUAAUAUGUAUUGUACUAAUUAGAUCAUAAGGUACCCAAGGCCAGGGGUCUUGUGUCUGUUGUGCCUGAAUUCAGUGUGUCUAAUAAAGGCCCAUGCACACUAUAGGCACUCAAUAAAACGUACAUUUUUAUGGCUUUCUUUGAA